AUGAAUAAUUGUACAGUAAGGCUACAUAUUUUGACUUUUUUCAUUGAGGCUGAUAUGGAGAGAUAGCUUAGAUAGUAUAGUGAAGUUGAUAUGACACUUUUUGAUAAUUAAGACAGAAAUAAAUGA